AUGCCCGUGGCUCCUCUAAAUCACCUCCAAGGCCGGUCCUUCAAGGUGGAGAGAGUCAGGCGCAAUGGCGACGUUGUCCAUGGACCCGCGGCACUGCGCAAGGCAUACCGCAAGUUCGGAAUUGAUGCAACAACUCUCAAUGGUGUGGAUGUGAGCGACUUCCAGCCUUUCGACACCAAGCAUACCACUACCGCCUCCGUGAAAAUUGCAAAGGAAGAGGCAGUGAAUUCUGAACAGACGGGCGCCGUGGAUGCCACUUCAGUUGAUGGAGACGUCGAAUUUGUCUCGCCGGUCAAUAUUGGAGGCCAAACCUUCGAUCUGAAUUUCGACAGUGGCUCUGCUGAUAUGUGGGUGUUGAGCUCGAGACUUCCAAAAUCACUGCGAGCCAGCCGAGAAGUCUAUGAACCGAGCAAAUCCACCACUUUCGAAGAACUCGAUAACAGCACAUUCGAGAUCAAGUACGGUGACUCGUCCUAUGCCACUGGAGGAGUAGGCAAGGAUGAUGUCUCGAUUGGCGGGGUCAAAGUCACUGGGCAAUCCUUCGGCCUUCCGACGGAUAUUUCACAAUCAUUCGCUGAUGACACCAAGUCUAACGGACUUGUCGGUCUCGGAUUUUCUUCAAUCAACACUGUCACACCGGUUUCACAGAGUACAUUCUUCGACAACGUCGCCCCCAGCCUCAGCGAGCCAGUCUUCACCGUUCGAUUGCUCAGCAACGGCGUCGGAGAGUAUGAAUUUGGAACCGUUGAUCAGGACAAGUAUCGAGGAGUCAUGGCCAACGUCAGUGUAGAUUCAUCCAAUGGGUUCUGGCAGUUCAACUCGGCACAAUACGCCAUAGGAGGAGGCCCCUUGCACCCGGUCACCCAGGCACCUACCGCCAUUGCUGACACUGGCACCUCGCUCAUGAUGGUUAGCCCUGAGGUUGCGGAGGCGUACUAUAAGCAAGUCGAUGGCGCUAUAUACGCCAAUAAUGCCAACGGGUAUAUCUUCCCCUGCACUUCGAGCUUGCCCAGUCUAUCCGUUGCGGUUGGGAAAGGUUAUUCGGCUACUAUCCCUGGAUCGUUCAUCAAUUGGUCCGAGGUGGGAACCAACACGACUACUGGUGAAACAGUGUGCUAUGGCGGCCUUCAGUCGAGCGGAAGUUCAAGCAUGGCGAUCUAUGGCGAUGUGUUCUUGAAGGCACUGUUUGUGGUCUUUGAUCAACGCGGGCCUUCUCUGGGAUUCGCGGCACCCGCUUAG